AAUUUUGACUGUGAAAACGUUACCGCAAACAAAGCAAAACUCUUAUGGCCACCGCCGCCUCCAUUUCCCUCACUCUCCCCACACAAGCUCCCCGUCUCUCCACCUCGGUCGCCGCUCCUCUUCGAUCAAUUUGUAAUCUUCCUUUGGAUUCCCUCCGCUCUAACGUUUAUUCUCUUAGAAACCCCAACUUUCGAGUCUCUGCUUCUUCCAUGAGAAUCGGAACGCCGGAGAAAAUCUCCAAGACGUCGUUCCUUGACCGAAGGGAAAGUGGAUUCCUUCACUUCGUCAAAUAUCACGGCCUUGGAAACGACUUCAUUUUGGUUGAUAGUAGGGACUCGACAGAACCGAGGAUUACGCCAGAGCAAGCGGCGAAGUUGUGCGAUAGGAACUUUGGUAUAGGUGCUGAUGGAGUGAUUUUUGCAAUGCCGGGAGUCAACGGUACGGAUUAUACUAUGCGAAUCUUCAACUCUGAUGGCAGCGAGCCUGAGAUGUGUGGCAACGGUGUACGCUGCUUUGCCAGAUUCAUUGCUGAACUUGAGAAUUUACAUGGGAAGCAAAGUUUUACUGUGCAUACUGGUGCGGGUUUAAUUGUUCCUGAAAUUCAAGAAGAUGGGAAGGUUAAAGUUGAUAUGGGCGAACCAAUUCUUAAAGCAUUGGAUGUUCCUACAAAGUUACCAGCUAAUAAAGAUCAAGCUGUUGUUAAAUCUGAUCUUAAUGUAGAUGGAGUAAUUUGGAAUGUUACUUGCGUUAGUAUGGGAAAUCCACAUUGUAUAACUUUUGGCAACAAAGAAAGCCAGAAUUUGACUGUGGAUGAACUCAAUUUAGCAGCGAUUGGUCCUAAAUUUGAGCAGCAUGAAAUGUUCCCAGCUAGGACUAACACAGAAUUUGUGGAAGUUUUUUCUCACGAGCACUUGAAAAUGCGUGUAUGGGAGCGUGGAGCAGGAGCAACACUGGCUUGUGGAACCGGAGCUUGUGCUGUGGUUGUUGCUGCUGUUCUUGAAGGACGUGCCGGAAGGAGUUGCACGGUGGAUUUACCUGGAGGUCCGUUAGAGAUUGAAUGGAAGGAGGAAGACAAUCAUGUGUACAUGACAGGCCCGGCCGAAGCAGUGUUUUACGGAUCAGUUGCGGUGUGAUGAUUCUAAUAUUGCUAAGCUCAUGAAUUUUAUUUGAUUUGAGGCUUUUCCAUCAUUAACACGGUUGUUCUUUUGGUCAAAUAAUUGAUUACUUUCCUAGGUUGUUUUAA